UAGAUAGUUAUUUAUACACGUGAUUUUAGAAAAUCAAAGCCAUGUAAUAUAACCAGGAAGUUACCGGUCAUACUAUAACAUCGGAGCUUGUCACAUGCAUUGUGAUAACUGAGACUACAAGUGAUGUGUGUGAUUUAGCCAUCAACAUCUUCACGGACUAAAUCAAUAUGGGUACCCCACAAUAUGCUUUGAUGUGUGAUACCUGUUGUAAAAACAGGACUCUUUCCAGCUAUUGUGUAGACUGCUAUGAAAGUAUGUGUAUAGAAUGCACGAAAAACCAUCAAAAACUGUUACCAGACCACAUCAGUCUGCCGAUGGCAGAGUCAAAAUGUCCAGACCACCAUAAAUUUUAUUCGGUUUACUGCAAAAUGUGUGAUAUGCCAAUAUGCAGGGAGUGUCUAAUUGGUUUCCAUAAUGGUCACAAGUAUUCUGAUAUGAAUGUGGCCAAACAAGAGAAAUUGCAUGAAGUGAAAACUUACAUGAAAGAUCUGAAAGAAGACGUGUGUCCUUUGUACCAGUCCUCAGAAGAUCAAGGCAACAGGCAACUGGUGGAGUACGCUUCAGAAAUAGACACAGUCAAAAUUAUGAUGAAUGAACAAAGAGAAAGGCUGAAAACUAUGGUUGAUGUUUUGUGCGACACCAUGAUAGAUUCAGUUGAAACAACUCUUGAAGAACACAGCAGUAAGUUAAAGAAAGAAUUAAGCAUCAUAGUAGAUGGAAAAGCCAAAAUCCAAAAUGAAAUUGAAAGGUGUGUGGUUUUGUCAGAUAGGGGAAUUCUAGAGAUUAAGGACUUUCUAGAAACACUGCCUCAUUUACAAGACACACCAGCCAGACCCCCAGCUUUGUCAAAACCAGUUCCAUCCAAAUUUUUCCCUGCAGAUAUUUCAGAAAUAACCCUGAAGCAAAUGAUUGGCACAGUCUUACUGGUAAGGGUUCACAACAAUUUCACCUGUAAGCUGCCUGUGUCAAACAUCCAAGCCUGUUCAUCAAAUGAGGUUUGGGUUAAUUUCCAUGACGAAAGGGUGCUCACUAAGUAUUCUUACCAACAAAACACAAAUGUGGCCAUUGAAAAGGAAUCCUUGAAGCUGGAUUUUAAACCAGAAUGUUUCCUCCUGAUGAAAGGGGAUUACUUCCUAGCUUCUGAUAGGUUUAACCACUGCAUUUGGAAAGUUGACGAAAAGGGAAACACCGAGUCUUUCAUCAAAACUUCUCCUUAUAAUCCAAAAGGAUUGUGUCUGAACAAAAAGCAAGAACUUGUUGUAUGUCUCUCUGGGCUGACAGGUUGUCUCAGAGUUUACCAAAACGAAAAAAAAUACAAAGAACUCGGGGACAAUCUGCUUAGCGCUCCAAGCAAAGUGGCACAGAAUGGAGAUGAUAAUUACAUUGUACUGGAUGAUCAUCUUCAGUCUCACUUUGUGGUUGCCAUAGAUCCAAAAGGAAAUUGCAAGUGGAAAUUCUAUGGCCUAGAAGAGAACAAAUUGGCGACAUUUUCCCCCAAAGGUGUCCUCUGCGAUUCUCUUCAGAACAUCAUUGUGUCUGACUUUGGAAACCAUUUAGUUCUGCUUUUGGACAAAAAUGGAAGGUUCCUGAUGAAUCUUCUGUGCAGCAGAUAUGGUUUAUGGAGCCCGCGAGGCAUGUGUCUGGACAGUGAGGGAAAACUUUGGGUGGGGCAAGGAAAGGAUGGGAUGGGAGAGUGUCAUGUUGUGCAAUACAUCAAAUGAUUUAGAACCGUUUCAACAAGAGCUUGGACUUCGGGGAGUACGUGAUAACUCCGAUUUGAUGAAGACGGGGUCUACACAUGGUUAACUGUCCAGCCAUUGGGUAAUAGAUAUGCAUACAUUAAACGCAAUGACACUCGUCUGACUUCAUCAAGGGAUGUAUAUUUCGCCGAAACAGCGUCAGUUUCACACAGCAGAGCAACGGUUUUGACAGUCUAUGAAUAUUAAUGAGGUUCUCUUAGCGAAUGAGAAGAAAGGAGGUCAAUGUUUGACAGCUUGUUUUGAUGAGCAAACUAGAUAGUAACAUCCCACCGAAAGUCCAAGCUCUUUUUAAAACGGUUCUAUGUCAUCGUACGUGGUAACUCAAUCUUCGUGGAAUUCCAUGUCACCACUACUUUGUACUCAUGACUUUGCAUCCACGCGAACUUGGUGUUACAAUAGUAUCGAUAUACACAUAUGUCUUGUCAACUGGACAGUUACCCUUAAAAAUACUAAGAAUCAGUAAUGCUUUGACUGUCAACCAACAUUAGUGUAAAAUGAAAAAAGAAAUAAUCCAUUAAUCUGGUGGUUAGGAUGAUAACUUCGAAAAAAAUAAUGGAACACUUUUCAAGUGAAAAUAGACAAGUUGAUCGUACAAACGGGAAAUUCACAUGGCAUUUUAAUUGUUGGUGUGUCAUGUUUAUGCUCUGUUUAUUUUUUUUUAUUGUAACACAUUAUAAAGUUCCUUGAUUGUGUUGUUCAACUUAGUUUUAGGGCUUUAUGAUGGAUUUGAUCACGCAAGGACGUAAAAAUCACAUCGAAAUAUUCGAAAGAUGAUUCCUUAUUUAAUACUGGUAUAUUUUCCGUAAUUGUGCGAUUAGAUUCACGUUAUUUUCGUUCCGUCAUUCCUCCCCUAAUGUACGUCGACGUGUCAUUUGCGUCAUUGAUGAAAUUAAUGAACUAUACGUUACAAUUUGAUUAAAUGUGUUACUGGAAGAUGUAUAUUUAUACAAAGCCUGAUAUAAAUAAUGUUGACGCUGGCUUUUGCAACAACCUAUACGUUCCAGCCCAACACUUCUUUUUAAAAGCAUGUUUCUUUUGACAAGUUUCUCUAGAACACUGGUGUCUGUUUUCUUUUCUUUCUUUUUUUUAGAAUAUGGCUGUGCAGAUCUAAUACAAGUUUAUAGCUUAUUUUCAACUCAGUUCUCCCAAUUUUGAAAAGCGAUAUAAACAAGAGGCCAAUUGGCCUUAACGGUCACCUGAGUAGCAUAUAUCCCAUACACAAACUUGUCAUGGAGUCUAUGCAUCUAAUUAAUUAGGUUUCAUACUGGAGUAGAAAAAUCAUAAAUUUGUAAUGACGACCACAUUUCAAAAAGAACUGUGAAACCUAUAAUUUUGGUGAAAAACUAAAAGAUCUGGUCUACAAAAUCAUGAAUUCAGUUUUCCUUUCAGGUGUGUGGGAGUAAAGAAGAAGAUUUUUUAACAUUAUAUGCAUUAACAUCUAUACAUCCAUUUUGGCCCUGCCCCAGAGUCAAAACCCAUCUUUGAGGGGACAUGAAAAUUAAAAUUUCAGUAGAGGACUUCCCGGUAAACAUAAUUAU